CCGCGCCUGAACCUCCCAUCUCCAUCCCUCUCUCUCUCUCCUCCUCCUCUCUCUCUCUCUCUCUCUCACAGAAGGUGUUUUAACUUUCCGAAGGCGACAACAUUUCAGUCGACUCUCAAGGUAAAAGGCUUUUUAUUGAUGGAGGGAGACCUUCAUAUUUAUAGAGGAGAGAGAUAAUAACGAGGCUGUGACUGCGGUUCGUUUCGCCGAGCGGAGAAACUGUUCAAGCCCGAAAUGAUUGGCUAUUUCUACAAAUGAGAAAGUCUGAGAAAUGUGUUUUUUUUUUCCUCCCUGGGCGACACCGUCAGCAUCCCAGCAGCCAUAAUGCACGGGCGGAAACAAGCGAGUGUUCAAUCGCAUCCUCCAAACAAUAUUUGGAUUGUGAAGAACUCAAAAGAUCUCAGAGUGCUGAAUGCUGAAUGCCAUUAACAUCUUUGCUGACAUCGACACACGCCAUUGAGGAGCACAUCCUGUCUUAUUUCACCUGUCACUUUCCGAUCUUCUUGCAACGCCGCUGAGAAGCUCCAACCGCUUUUGAUCCCCCGUUGCUAUGGAGAAUCUCAGCGAGCUCCAGAACCCGUUGUUGGACAAGAACAGUAAGCACAUGGUCAACGGUUACGGGGGCGACUUCCCUAAUAACCAGUACCAGGAAAACAUUAUUAAUUACUUUGCCGGAGGUGGAGGUGGCGGAGAGGGAGGAGGAAAGGUGAGUAACGGCAACGUAGUGAGCGGAGGUAGUUACAAUACCAACGGGAAGAUGAAAUCCCAGCAGCUUUUGGACGCCACCUCGCUGCAUCUGGCGGUGGAGGCGUUCUACAGGCCCAACUUCAUCCUGUACAAGGAGGACAGUGGCAGCAUCAAGGCUAAGGAAUAUAAAAGCGAGUGCUGCGAGACCACAUUCACGGAGAAGAAGGCGAAGGAGGCGUCCAACACGGCGGGGGCGGACACGCCGGGCACGCCGGGCACCGAGGAUCCCCAGGCAAAGCUGCUGGAAGACGGAGAACACGUCAAGAUACAGACCGUCUCCUACGAGGUUGAGGAGGAGGAGUACGUGGAGUACGAGACGGACUGCUCCAGUGACAGCGAGAGCGAGGACAACUUCAUAGUCGUCCCUCCACGAGACCACCUCGGCUUGGCCAUCUUCUCCAUGCUCUGCUGUUUCUGGCCUCUGGGGAUCGCAGCGUUUUACUUCUCACAGGGGACCACCAAGGCGGUGAACAAAGGUGACUUCCCACUGGCCAACAUUGCCUCCAGACGUGCUUUGUUCCUCGCCGCCCUCUCCAUCACUAUAGGCACCGGCGUGUACGUGGGGGUGGUGGUAGCUCUCAUUGCCUACCUUUCUAAACCAGGACACAUAUAGCAGCCGCACCUCCCGUCCGACGCACCUCCAGGGAGCCCGGGAAGAGAACGACCCCUCUCAUGGGAAUGGCAUUGCUCCUGCAGACUUGGAGGAAAAGUUUUUUCGGGGAUGUACAGUUUUUCCCCUCCGCCUUUCCAGCUUUCUCUCCCUACAGGCCCUCUGUCAGCCAAGAUUAGCCACAGUGACUGGAGAGAGGUCAAGCUGGAGGGUGAGAAGAGGGGGAUUUGGGGAUAGACAAAGUUUUUUUUUUCAUUUUGUUGAGACAGGGAGAGGAUUUGAGUAAUGGAAGUAUUCCACGUUGGAGUCCAGUUUGCAUCCCAUUGACUUAAACCCCCGUUGGCUUCAUCCUCUUUUUGGCUGGUUCUUAACUUCCAAGACCCCUGCAGACACAUUGAGGAGGAAACACUGAGCUGCACACUUAAGCAAUUAUUCGAGAGUUUGAGGAGGGUUAGAAAUCAUCUCAAAAUCACCCCUAAUCCAACUCUGUGUCGCUGUUAUUUGAGCUGCAGUUAAAAUCGGAGCCUUUCCGCAGAUUCCUGUCUCCUGUCAUCUCAGUUUGCCACCCAGGACUGUCUUUAAUAGACCGUGAGCUGCUCUCAUCGACUCAAAAACACCACGGCUGCAAUAGAUGGCCAUGCUCACAUUUUCUUAAAAUCAUGACAAAGGAUGGCUUUCAUUUCCGGAGAAACUUCAGAAAAAAAACACCUGAUUAUAAUUUCAAUCAAAGAAGAAUAAAGCUCCGAGAGGAAGAAAAAAAAGAUCAAACACGAUUAGAGGCUGUUUCUGUCUCAUUGAACAAUACACACUGGCAUGAAUUACAAGAAUCUAAGGAGCCUCAGGCCUGUAUUUUACCUCCGAGAAGGUGUCCAUCCAUCAAAGACAUGCCCGAAAUCUAACAAAAUCUGUUCAUACCAGAUAUGGUUUGCCUACGUACAUGCAAAUGUGCUUUGUUUUUUUUUUGUGUUUGUCUUUUUGUGUUCCCCGCUGUCUAAAAGGCACCUUGAUUAAUCUCGCUUUAAGGAAUGUUUCAUUUAUAGCCUUUGAAGCAAAGCGCCGUAUGCGAGGUUGGCCAGAUGGUCAGAAAUUCAGGGGAAACCGGUGCACAGCGUCUCCCAAAAAACACUGCAUCUGUUACGGCAAUGUGAAAAGAAACAUCAGCCGUUCACAAUGGGGCGAGGAAGUUGUAAUAAAUCAGGUAGAUAAUGUCGUUAAAAGGCAGGCCUUACGUUUCCUCCGGGGCUGCGCAUACAAACAAAGCGUCGCAGCCUGACAGCUUUCGAAUUUAGCUGUGAUCAAUUAUUCUUUGCAUGACUCUAGCUAUGCCGGCAGUGCACCGCUACGCAUGAUUGAUUGGAUGCAGAACUUGUUUUUGUCAGGUCAUAAAAAAAGCUUAAAUUAAAAUUGAUCAGGCUGUGAAGGGGCUCAUAUUUUGUGCAAUGCUUAAACUCACAUUCCCCCAAUUCAGCUAUUAAAACAGAGGACAUUUCAUAGUGAUAAAGCACUCAGACGCUUCAAUGUGUUCCCUCACAAUUUCAAGAAUUAUCACUCAAGUUGAAAAAGCAGACACGCGACAGGCAAAUUCACUGAUUCUCUUUGUAUGAAGGGCUUAUUAAUGACAGUUUGUGCUUUUUAUUUCGCAGGCAGAUGAUGGCUCAAGCCUCAAGAGGUGACAUUACACACUUAGUUUCCCUGCACAGGUCUUGCAUUAGUCAUACCUGACAUUUAUGGCGCACAAUUAGCUCCCCGUAAUGACUUUUUCUGAAGGAAUGUGUACUCUCUGGAGCAUUGCCCCAAAAUAGCACAACCACAUUAAUUUCACUAAUAAGCCACUUUUGGCGUCGGCUGGUUGCUGUCAAACCCUGCAAGUAAACAAUCCAUUUACACAUCCUCGGCUCUGUGAACAUUUGAAAGUAACCGUGUAAGUCGGUUCUGCAGUGCUAAUGAAGAGUGUAUGUUACCCGUAGUUCUCCAGUUUCCAGUGCGCUUUGCUGAAAUAAAACUGCAGCUCCAAGACUCUUCUUUGAAUUUUAUUCUUGGCUGCCCGUAUGAAUAAACGUAAAGGAAGUAAGAUAAUGAUCGGCUGAAUGCCAACUGAUUUCUAGGUCUUUGUUUGGGCGCCCUAAGAUUCACCUCGUUGAGUUUCUGGUCAUCUGAAAAGCUGGUCAUUACACACGUAAGGGAUAAUGUACAGUGAGCCGGUCAUUGUUGUGAAAUAAACCCCGGUCUUGCGUCACCCUGAAGGAGUUUAUUUCACAACAAUGACCCGCCAGCUGUACAUUAUCCUGCUUAUUACACGGCUACUUACUUAAGAAAUCAAUAAUUUGACACAAAAAUGGUUCUUCAGAGUCCAACAUCAGAACUGCGCCCAUAGCAACAGUCUGUUAUACAUAGCAACGGUCUGCUAUAAAGAAAUAACAGACUGUAGAACGCCGUGAUUGACCAAUCAGAAUUGAGUAUUCAGAAAAUGCCGUGUAAUAAAGCCUUAUAACCUCUGACCCCUUUCGGGCCACACGUUCCAGUGGUAACUCACGAUUCCACGUCAGUGCACGCACACGUCAUGACCAUCACUGUAACUAUACCAAAAGACUCUGUACGUCCGCUCUCAUCCUUCGGAGAAAGUUUUAUUGCUGAUAACGAUGAAGAUGCUUUGUGUUAUGUAGCGUGUCAUUCAAAAUGAUGUUUUCUUAUCUGGCUUCUUUGGCAACCUGGUAUUGUGCAAUGUGUCACAACAGCACGCGGGUUUCAAUGCUGUUGUUAUUUCCUUCUCAUUGUGACGAGUUAAUGUACACAUCACCGCAACAAAGACUGAAUGCAUUUCCUCGAUGGCCGGGUGAUCUCUUUGUGUCGUGCCAUUAAGCCGAAUGAAAGAAGAUGGCGUUUUUUUAUUAUGUUUUGGGGAUGUUUUUGUUUGUUCCUAUCAUGUGUGAAUGGCAACGUGUACAUAGUGCAAAUAAAGACAUGUUCCAAUGUAAUGACAAAUAAAUCAGAAAGGAAGGAUGUCCUUUCUUAAAAGCAAAAA